UCGCAGUUUUCCGUGCAAAGCGGGGCAAGGGGGGGUUUAUUUUCAAGCAGAGACCAUGAGGAGCAGGUCCGGGUUGCUAACAUCCAGAGGGGGGAGAUGUAACAGCAUCUUCUGCGCGAGCCUGGCCUGAAAGCCGAGCUUGUAAAGGAGAGCCUUUGCAAACCGAGAUGAAGUCUCCCAAAACUCGGUACUUGGUUUUCUUUCAGUACUUUGGGACUAAAUAUAGUGGUGUCAUGGAGACAUUGACUGAUCAGUCUGUGCUCGGUGUCCAGAAUUACUUGGAGCGGGCGGCACAGAAUCUCAGACCCGUCACUCCCAUCAAGUUCUACGUCUCCAGCCGAACGGACACCGGCGUCCAUGCCCUCUGCAACUCCGCUCACCUCGACGUCCAGAGAGCCGUCAGGAAGCCGCCUUUCUCUGAAAGCGUUAUUGUCUCCGCCCUCAAUUACCACUUGAAGCCCGAACCAAUCCGCAUUCUGAGUGCCUAUCAGGUGUCUGAUAACUUCCACGCACGCUUCUCCGCAUUGUCAAGAACCUAUGUUUAUCGGCUGGUGACAGGCUGCUCUCACCAUUCCCAAAUACCGGUGUUUGAAAGGGAUCUGUGCUGGGCUCCCAAGGGAGACCAUUUGAACGUGCCUGCCAUGCAGGAAGCAGCAGGUUCCCUCCUAGGGACCCAUGACUUCAGCACCUUCCGCUCAGUCAGCUCUGAAAAACCUUUCAAAUCUCCCAUUAAAACCCUGGCCCAAGUAGACAUCCGACCCUCUUCUGGCUUCAUGUCGCAUCACUAUGAAUACAGGGGACUGCAGUUCUGGGAGCUAGAAUUCAAGAGCAGAUCAUUCCUCUACAGGCAGGUACGAAGGAUGGCAGGGGCUCUGGUAGCAGUUGGCCAAGGCAGGCUGGCUCCUUAUCACAUAAAGGAACUAUUAGAGAUUAGAGACUCGCUGGCUUAUCCACAAAACACCAUGGCUCCAGCAGCCGGACUCUUCCUGAAAUCUGUGGAGUAUGACGACGCUGACGUGGACACGGAAGGUAACGCAGCAAAAUAGCGGCCCUGUGAGACGUGCAGCUGUGCCUGAAAGAACUCGGUUGGUGGGGGCCAUGUCGCAGAGCUUUCCAGAACUCGCUUUGUAUGCUGAUACGCGGCCGGGUCUCAAUAAACCCCAUUGAUUGUGGCUAGAGACAUCGCCACGUCAUUUGUCCACGUGCCCAGAGGCUUGGAAGGAUUGGUAACUCUGGGCGACGGACAGCUGGUUGGUUUGUAGAUUGUAAGCUACUUGGGUCACAUCACUGGCUACACGCUCACAUACUGUCUUCCCCUCGCCUCCUGCCUCCACCAACAUACAGGGAAGGGACCUGUGUGUGUGGAGGGGCGUCACUUCCCCUGGGCACAGACGCAGAAUGAGGUCAGACCACAGUAGGCAAACCUUUGUCUCCUCUUUACCCCUCUUCUUUGUAAUCCCUGUCGUCUUGCAGACCAGCAGGAGACACAGUCGUUUAUGUAUGUAUCACGAAAGCCCAACUUGAAUUGCGGGAUGAUUGUCAAAUAAUUGCAGCUGAGUUGUGGACAAGACAUGGAAAAUUGCGGAAAAGUAAUAAUAGCCCUUUAUUAAUUGGGGUCAUUUGCAAAAGCCAGAGAAGAUCUAUUUGUUUAAGAAAAAAAUUGCUAGAACAAUAGAAACACUCAAGGAUGAUCAAAAAGAACGAGGAGUACUUGUGGCACCUUAGACACUAGCAAAUUAUUUUUGAUAAUCGGACAUUUUGCUGCAACUGUGUUACAGCUAUUAAUGCGUGGGGCUGACAGCAGGCUUAUCAUGCACAAAGCACAUGUGAAUCAGCACAGGAGCAUAGCGUGAUGGAGAACACAGAUACCUUAUUUUUUUUUUAAUUAAACAGGAUUGUUUUUUGUGACACUUAAACCUCAAGUUUUGCCUAUUUUAUGACUAGGUCUGAUACAGUCAGCAUCAUAUUGUGUGUUAAUUGGCCUGGCUUGUGAAUGGCCCCAAAACCCCAGCCUUCCUUGAGGGGGACUCUGUUUGCAAAGGCCCAUGCCGGAGGCAGCUGAGUACCUGGGAGGUGUUGAGCAUUGACAUCACUGGGAGCUAAAAACCAGACCUAGGUGUGCUGGAGGGGGGGGGCCUGUUUUGCUGUGCAUAUUCUGCAGCAGUUCGUCUUUGUGGCAAAAGUUUUAGGCAGAGACUGAAGCAGGAGUGAUGCUUAUAUAACAUCAUCUCGCUCUGCCUUUUGCUUUGCCUCUUCUAAAGCUUUGCGGUGUCUUAUGGCUUGGUUAGUGCAAACUUCAGUGUUUUGUGGUUUUUCCAAAAGAAAGCGAACAUAUCGCUCAGUUAAACACUAGUGCUUGCCCGGGUCCUGCUGCAAAAAUCAUGUUUGGUGCACAUUGAAGGUGCCUAAUGUCAACUUUAUGAAUUAGCUCUUCCUCCUCGUGUGCCUGUGUUGCAAUUAUUGAGAAGGACCAGAGAGACGGUAAGAUUG